ACGAACGCUGAAGAAAAUAAGAGUGUUUUAAUUUAAAAUUGUUUAUAUUUUAUUAUUAAAUAAUUGAAACAGACGAACAAAAUGCAUAGCAAAUUAUUGGAUGAGCUCAAUGAGAAUGGCUUCAUUGUCAUCGAGGAUUUUCUGACACCGGAAGAGGUCGAUUCGCUGUAUCAAGCUGGACGUGCUCUAUGCAUGGAGGCUCCACAAACGAAUCGGAAAAUCUUCAGUACCAUCAAGGCAGAAGAUGCUCACAGCAAGGAAUUGUAUUUCAUGGAAUCGGGCGAUAAAGUGCGCUAUUUCUUCGAGAAGGGAGCGGUGGGCGAGGAGGGUCAACUGCUGGUGGAUCCCAUGAUUGCUUUGAACAAAGUGGGUCAUGCACUACAUGUGGAGCAUUCAACAUUUAAUGCCGUGACCUUUAGCAAUCGUGUGCGUGAGAUUUGCUGGCAAUUGAAUUUCAAUCGUCCAGCUGUCUGUCAGAGCAUGUAUAUCUACAAGAAUCCUGGCAUUGGCGGUGAAGUUAUUUCGCAUCAGGAUUCUUGGUAUUUGCAUACAGAUCCAAAUUCCGCUGUGGGUUUCUGGUUUGCCCUCGAGGACUGCACUUUGCAAAACGGUUGCCUUCAGUUCAUCAAGGGCUCACACAAAAGUGGAGUACAUCGUCGUUAUGUACGUAAUCCCGAUAAAGAUGCCAAUGAAUUGAUGGUCUAUGAUCGUGCGGCUCCCAUCUAUCCACAGUCCAGUUUUACGCCAUUGCAAGUGAGCAAAGGCACUUGCAUCAUCAUUCAUGGCAAUGUGGUUCAUAAAAGCGAACCGAAUCGCUCUCAGAAAAGUCGCCAUGCCUACACGUUCCAUGUGAUUGAGACAGAGAAUAAUGUGAAGUAUUCAGAGGAUAAUUGGCUGCAAGCGCCGCAGGAUAAACCCUUCCCAGUACUGUUUGAGCGUAAAGACUAGAGAUUGAGACGCCGAUCGUGAUCAUUUUCUUUUGGUAUUCUUUCCACCUAAGUUUAUAGUGAUUUUUAAGUAUGAUUUUAUAUAUGUACAUAUGUACAUAUAUAUAACUAACUAUUCAUAAAUAAAGCAUAAUGAAACGAUUUCAAUGAAUCGUGAGAAUAUAACAAAUA